AUGGGAGGAGGAUCGUCCUCACUGCGAGUGAAGAGUCACUCUUCGACUGACUUGGAUCGACUCAAGCCGACAUCCGAGCAGCGAACUCCCAAAACAAGGAGCCGGUUGGCCUCUCUAGCGCAGUCAUCCUCAAAGCACCUGUCGAAGUUGCCUUUCAAGCGUAAAGGGGGAAAUCGAGAUAAAAUAAAAUCGUUUCGAGAUCUUAUAUCUACUUGGCCGAUUCACGAUGUGGAGGCACUGUACAGGGAACUGGAAACAUCACGGAUCCUCUCCCUUCUGCAGAAUGCGGCCAAUUCUGCUAGGCCACCAGUGCCAAACGUUGGCGAAGAACUUUAUUCAAGCAAAAAUAAGGACUUCGUGCUCAAAAUCGGCGGCAAUGCUUAUCGCCUCCAUCGAUGCUUAGCUGUUGCUCGCUGUAGCGUUAUUGCAGAAUUUGUUGAGAAUAGAGGAAUUGUGGAAGUAGACCUCGCAAUUCCCGAAGGCAAAUCUUUCACUCCUGAAGAGAUCGGCAUGUUCAUCUACUAUCUCUAUACCGACGUGUGGUCCGGCAACAUAAGUACAUUGGACUCUCUACGCAGUUGUCUAGGCUGUAGCCAAGACUUAUUCACGAGUUUGCGGAAAGCCGAACAAAUGGCCCUUGAAAAUGGCGACCUCACUAUAGUGCUUACAUCUUCAGCUUCCAUCGGCGACGAUAUGACAAAGGCGCAUCCACCAGAUUAUGGUAUUCGCUGUGACUCGUCAAUGGUGGCAUCACGAAGCACAGUAUUUCGUGGACUUCUUAACCGUGUUGGAGAAUGUGGUCGUAUCGUGCUUGACGAAACACUACUCCCACGUGGCUUUGCUCCAGUGGUUGUGCAUUUUCUGUAUACGGAUGAGCUGGAUCUUUCAAUGAUUCCUGACACGAUUAUAUCGGAGUCUGCUCUCUCGGAAGCACGAGCCAUAGUUGCCGGUCGAAGUCCCCACUCACCACUUCACAGAGCCAUACAGCUGAUCCACAUUGCCAAGUUUUUUGCUCUGGAAAAGCUUGUUCAUUUGUGUGAAGACGUUAUUGUGUCUUCCCUUUGUCCGGAAAGUUGCGUUUCCAUUUGUGCAUGGGCUUGUGACGGCGGAUCUCAGUAUGUGGCCCGAUGCGCACAGAGGUAA